AUGAACAAUAAUGACUCUCAAAUAUAUGCGUUAGAGACUAUCCAUUCUAUUGAUUGGAAAUUAUUUAGGUGGUUGGCUUCCUUGCAAAAAGUUGAAAAUUUUAUUUAUUUAUUUAUCGUAAUUUGGAAUUCUACUUCAUUACGAGAUAAUCCACAAAUUUUACAAGAAUUCAUAAAUGAUACCAAUAAUUUGAUUGAGUCCAAUAUAAAAAUUCUCGCUGUGCCCGAAAAUCGUGCAUUGAGUAAAAAGUUAGCCAAUAAUGCUUGGGCAGAAUUAGAAGAUAAUAAAUUAAAUAAUUCAUAUGCUUUUGAGGAACAACUACUACGAAAUUUACAAGAACAGAUAAAGGCCUUGAAGGAAGAAAAUUCACAACAACAAGCGGCUCUUGGAAAAAUAAUAAAUGAUAUGUUAACAGAUUUUACAAUGGUUCAGGGAAGUGAUUUUAAAGUUAAUAAAGAUUCUGCAACAAACCUUUUAAAAAAUUAUAACUGUCAUACGAAAUAUCCAAGUACGGAUGCAGAGCUUGUUUUAGGAGCGUUACUUCAACGUUGCACGAUCGCAACUGUCUUGGAUGAGGCACAAAAGCACAUACUAAAUGCACGUUCAGAAAACUUUGAUCCACUUGAAAGUGAUAUUGUCAAUACUACCGAAAGUUUAAUUAGUUAUACCGAAUUAUUUAGAGAGAAACGUAAAGGAAAUGAUGACAUCACUAAAAUUACACCAAUCAAAAUUCGUCAACACGUUUAUUCUGCAUUUGGUUGUCGCGGCUUUUCCGAUGAUGAAAAUUCUUUAAUUAAGAGAACGGCAAAUAAAUUGUUGGAUGAAAUGAAUCAAUUUAGACAAGUAACGGAUAAAGAAACUAGCGAUGAAUUAAUUGAUCUAGCUCUUAAUAUAACUCCUGGUCAAGCCAUAGACCCCCACUAUAUGCAAGGAAUCUUUGGACGUGAAGAAGCUAAAAAAUUGGAGGUGGAGAUUUGUGGAUUUCCUUGCAUUGGUGUGUUUGAUAAUGAUCAGAAAGUAUUUACGAAGGCUCAAGUCAUUGCAAGACAAAAAAGAAGCAAUAGUCGUGAUUCUAUUGUCAAUACCAUGAAAAGCAUGGUUAUUGAAAAUAAAUGA